AUGGCGGCGGCGGCGGCGGCGGGAGUCGUUUCGGGGGAGCGCUCGGGCUCCGCGACGCUGGGGAACGAGGAGGAGAAGGAAGAAAAGGAGGAGGAGGAGGAGGAGGAGGUGACCCGGCGUCUGCAGCGGACCCGGCGGGAGCUCAGCAACAGGAGGAAGAUCCUGCUCAAAAACCUGCCGCGGGACUGCCACAGCCAGGAGGUUCACGAGUUGUUAAAAGACUACGAACUGAAGUACUGCUAUGUGGACAGGAACAAAAGAACAGCGUUUGUUACCUUACUGAAUGGCGAACAAGCCCAAAGUGCAAUUCGGACGUUCCACCAACAUUCUCUGCGGGGAAAAGACAUCGUGGUCCAGUUCCAACCCACAGACGCUCUGCUCUGCGUUACCAACCUGCCCGCCUCCCUCACCUUACAGGAGUUCGAAGAGCUCCUCCGUGCCUAUGGGAACAUCGAGAGAUGUUUUUUGGUCUACAGCGAAGUGACUGGUCAGUCCAAAGGCUAUGGCUUUGUGGAAUAUAUGAAAAAGGACUCGGCGGCCAAGGCUAGAGUGGAACUCAUGGGGAAAGAAUUGAGAGCGGGCAAUCUCUUUGCACAGUGGAUGGAUGUUAAUCAGCUGACUCCCGAUCUCAUUCAUUCCAAGUGCCUCUGUGUCGAUAAGCUCCCCAGUGACUUUUCUGACUCCGACGAGCUUGUGCGACUCUUCUCCCGUGUCCAUAACCCUGUGUUUUGUCAGUUUGCGCAGGACGAGGGCUCCUACGUUGGCGGCUUUGCCGUGGUCGAAUACGAUACCGCCGAGCAGGCCGAGGAGGUGCAACGAGCGACCCACGGCAUGACCAUCCAGGGAACCAAAGUCCGCGUGGCCUUCUGUGCCCCAGGGUCACCGGGGAGAAGCACGUUGGCAGCGUUGAUAGCGGCCCAGCAAAUGAUGCUCAAUAAUCAGAAGGGUUUACUUCCAGAACCAAACCCAAUACAGAUCAUGAAGAGUUUAAAUAAUCCUGCCAUGUUGCAGAUUUUGCUUCAACCCCAGUUACGUGGAUGUGCUGGUAAACCAGCAGGCCUCGGAGUGCCCCACAGUUUACCACAUCUAAUGAAUCCCACAAUCAAUCCUGCGUUUUUACAGAUGAACCCAAUUCACCAGGUGUCAGGGCUGGGGAACUCCUCGCGUUUCCUCCUCCAGAACCUCUGCUACCUGCAGGUGGCUCAGCAGCAGCUGAUGAAGAUCGACAGCCUUCCCAGCAACAGUAAGCCAGGACUUCUGGGAGAGCCUCCGGCCACGGUCCUGCAGGCCGCCCUGGGCAUGGGGCCAACACCGCUGAAAGCAGAAUUGGGACAUCACGGGGAAUCACUUAAAGCGCCGACCCUGGCUUCCCCUCCGACGGCUGCCUCCGGCGGGAUGGGCGCGUUUCCCUUCUUUCCAAACCAGCACGUGGUCGGGCCGGCCCUGCCCGCCAGCACUCAGGACCAACCGGCGGGACCGGCGGAAGGAGCCGGCUCCGGGCCGCCACAGCCCUAUCUCCAGAGCUUUACCGGCCUUCCCCCGGCAGGCCUCCGGACGGGACCCCUCAAGCAGCACAGCCAGCCAAAAAGCACCGAGGCGAGUUCAGGGCAGAUUCCCUGCAUAAACCAGUCUUCGCUGUUGGGAGAACCUCCACGAGAAAUCCGCCUCAGUACGAAUCCGUACUUGAACCUGGCCAGCGUGCUGCCUGGUGCCUGCCUGCCGCCCCCCGGUGCCAGUAAAACCAGCCCUCUGCAGCAGCUGGGAAUUUCCAAAGGCCUAUUGGAUGCCGCCUUCUCUCAGGGAGCUCCUUCCCAGCAGGCCCUGGAGAACUACCUGCAUUAUUCCCAGCAGUUUGGAGAUUAUGCCCCGGGGUCCACCCUGAGAAGCGAAAAGCGAGGUUCCUCCUCCCUGAUCUCGGCGCCGGAAGGCGGGUCGGCGGAGCCGGCGGGCCGGCGGGCCGAGGGCCCCGGGGGCUACCCGCCGGAAAACCUCCUGAAAAAGAAGCGUGUGUACUGAGGGCGUCUCAGCCGGCGGCCCCGCCCCUCCGGAGGUGGGUCCCCGGUCCCCCCCCGCCCCGCCACCCGUUUGCCCCUCCGCUCUUCGUCGCCGCUGCCUUAACUCCACGCCGCUGCUCCACGGAAGCAGGUCAGAAAUGCGCAGGAGGAAGCGUUCUGGCAGCGGGCAGGCUGGCCAAAGGAAAAACUUGUAGCAAUAAAAAAAAGAACAAGGCAUCUCUCCGGGGGCGUUUCCCCUAGGACCCGUGCCUUCCCAAAAGGGCGGGGCGCUCUACCAUCCUCAGCCCGUCGUCGACGACGUUUCUUGUUUUGUGACAGAUACAUUUCCUACGGUGGGUUGUUUUUUUGUUGUUUUUUUUUGGUAAACGUCCGCAGCAAUAAAGGAAGGCACGUUUUCCUUCUGGAGCCACA